AUGUAGCAGUUGCUAACUUCAAUUUGUACGAGCACAGUGCGUAUCUCGUAUGCACGUGCUAUGCGAUGCUUAGGUCACACGUGUGUGAUUGGUCUCGUGCGUGAGCUGCGCUGGUGAUAAUCCAUCAGCGGUACAUCCUACACGGAUCUCGGCCGAACUCUCGGGUGCGUUAAUUGUUUAUGAUGAUGUGUACCGGUACGUAGACCUUUAUCUGCUGCCUACCUUACUUGCAUGUUUUACAAGGAUCAGAAUUGCUGAAAAAGGAAGAGACGGCAUUCCUUUAAAUCAACGCUCUUGACUGAAUGGAUGUUGUGCCCUUUCACAUGAUGGAGCCAAAGAUACCAGGAACCUAGCAAUCAGUAACAAGUAUCAUCUCAAUCCAAGAUGGAGGAUAUCACCACAGAUCAGGAGGAGGCUGGAAGGAGGGCAAUCCUCAAGCAAAGGGAAGUUCUUUGUAUGACCCGCAGCGACAGCAUGUCCAUUGGGUCCUUUGGGUCAGACCUUGUGUCUGGAGGUUCAGAGGAAAUGGACACUGAGGAUUCGGAAAAGGAUCCAAAGGAGGGCUUCAUCCAGAGCGGACGAUGCAGGUUGUCAUCACAGGAGAGGCUACAGAAAGGCCUGAUGUUGCCAUUGGAUAACCAAAGGGAAAACGAUUACGAUUUGGAGAGAAUAACAGGUGAUGUGACUUCACCUGUGAUUGAAAAUAAACUCUCAGAUGAUGUGAAUGGGUAUUAUGCCAUGAGGACAAGUCUGCUGUCGCAGUCCGCUGUGAUUUUAGAAAAUGGAGGAGCUGUCGGGAAGACAAGCAGCGGAAGGUAUGAAGAUGCCAACUGUAACAUUGGGACAGGGAACUCCGGAACUCGGUCCAGCUGUGAAGCCAGGAAGAGCAGUAAGGCUUUCCAUACAGGGUACAGCUCCGACUCUGAAUCAGAACCCGAAGGGUUGAGCUGUAGCAUGCAGUCGACGGAUGAUAAACACAAUGAGAGCUAUUCUAAUUCAAAACAGGAAUCAGACAUUUCAAGUGCAGCUGAAGUGAGAGUAAAAAUCGAACCCGAGUCGGAUGUUGACGAACCACAAGACAUUAAAGAUGAGGAACAUGAGAGGAAGGAUUUUACAAGUUCAGUUGAAGUUAAGACUGAGUCGUGUCCAGGGGGAGGAGGUGACGCUGAACAUGCAGAGAUAUUGAGAAAGGUAUCUGUGGACUUCCAAGACGGCGAUGCCAGUGACUCAAUGGCUGAGAUUGAGAAAUCGGGUCUAGAGGCCAAGCUUGCUCGUGUUUCAAAACGUCGCAUCUAUUCCCGAGCCAGGGACCUAGCCCAGGCCUCGGACUCAAGUAGCGAGAGUGAUUCAGAGAGCGAGAGCGAGGAAGAAGAGGAGAAGGAGAUGAUCUUUGAAGAUCUGCAUAGUGCCAAGGUUCUGUUCAACGCGGCCCAACCGGACUCGGAGAAGCUUAUUGAGCGUGAAGCGUUGAAGAUGGCCUGCAUGGAUGAUCUCUUGAGCGACUGUUCAAGCGGAGACUCGAGCGAAGAUUCCAGUGACGACUCUAGCGAUUCCAGCUCUGCUGAAAGCUCUGAUUCAGAUGAGAGCUCAGACUCUGAGCUAUCAAGUGCUGAUGAAUCUGAUGAUGAAGCUGAGGAACUAGAAGAGAAAAAGCCUCACAAAGGAAAACAAACAUCAAUAUCCAAGGAUGGACUUGAUAAGAGACUGCCGGAGGUGGAAUAUCUUGAGAUUUCGCUCCCUCCUUCUGUAGAGCUCAUUCAAGUUGGCCAUGUGUCAAGCAUCAUCGGAUCCCUUGUGAUCAUCCAAGCUGAACCUGAUAAACCAGCCCUCAACAUGGAUACUGUCCUUUUCAAACCAGAUAGAUCAGUCCUGGGUCAGGUAUAUGAACUGUUUGGUCCUGUUGUCUCGCCGUUCUACUCUGUCCGUUUCAACAAUGCAUCCGACAUCGAGCAGCAUGGAAUCAAACUCAAAACAGAGGCCUUCUUUGCCCCCAAGAAUGUGGAUGUAACUCAGUAUGUCUUCACAGAGCAGCUCAAGAAGAUGCGUGGUUCAGAUGCAUCGUGGAAGAACGAUGAGGAAUGCCCCGAAGACGUCCAGGAUUUCAGCGACGAUGAGGCAGAGGCCUUGGCAAAGAAUGUAACGAAGAAAGAUAGGAAGAGGAAAGUUCCUCAAGGAAGGAAUGACGGCUUUCAAAAUGGACAUGGGCAAUGGAGACAUGGAAAUAGACAAGACCAAUUCCAUGGCCAAAGAAGCCAACCUCGGUCACAUCCUCCUCUCCAGAGGCAGGCUGCAUGUAGACCUCCUCAAUUUGGACCUCCUUCGUUUGUUCCACGUCCCCACCAUCAGCAGCACCACCGUUUCAUGCAACGACAAUCAAACCCACCGGGAUGGAUGCCUCCCAACAUGGGUCCCUCAAGAGGGAAUGUCCCCUGCCCUCCGAGACAGUGGCACGGUGCUCCACCACUGAGACCUCCAGGCUUCCCUCCUGGUGUUCCACCAAUGUUCCAGAAUCCACAAACCACAGAGCCUCCCCCGAGUCUUCAGCCGCCGCCUCAGCCUUCCCUGCAGCAGGUGAUGCAGCAACAGGGCUUCUCAGCUCGGAAGAUGGAAGGGGCUGCAUCUCUCAAACAAAGUGCAUCCGUACCCAGUCCCCAGAUGGGUGUCCCACCGCCAUGGCAAUUGAAGCCACCCCCUCCCCCUCAGUCCUGGGGUGCUGCUCCCCUUCCUGUUAGAACUCCGUUCAUGAGUGCUCCUUCAGCCACUCCGCCACAGUCUUCAAGCACUGCACAAACCAAUGCCUUCACUAACCCGCCAAGCAAUCAACCAGUACCGCCCUCACUAGGCUUCUCUCUCUUCAGCAUCCCUCCACCACCACUGACUCUUCCACCCCCUCCCCCUCCAGGGGUGCAUCCAAAGGGUGACCAGGCCCAGAAACCACCCCCGUUGAUGGACCAACAGGUGCAUCCAGUUGCAUCCCCACAAUAUUCUGCACCCAGUCAAAUGCAGCAAUGGAUCCAGGCCCAAUACCUCCAGGGCCAGACACUCUUCACUCCGAAGAUGGGAGCUCCCACCGCCGCAGCUCCGGUCUCGUCCUCCAACUUUGCUCCGCCUCCCAUCCCUCCUCCUUCAUUCCAUCCACGCAUGAUGCAGUCCUUUAGGCAGGAUCCGAAGACCCCUAACAGCCAAGGGGCUCCACAUCAUUCAUGAAACACUGAAUUUCUAAGAGUGGAAAUCAAUCUUAACAAGUUACUAUAGGGGGAAAAAUCGCACAGGAUGUUCAUAUAUCUUAAUCUACAGUGCGUGUCAAAAAAGUUUACACGUAGGAAAAUUCCUGUAAAAUUAUAUAUUUGUAAUAUCCUGAAGAUUUUUCCACAAUUUAACAUUGGAACAGAUCCAUUUAAGUAAAAUGCGAUAUAACUGUCGAAAAAUAUUUCCGCUUGAGUGAGCACCACUUCACCUUUGAAAAGUUAGUGAAAAAUGAUUUG